UUAUAUUCUGUGCUUAUGGUCUUCCCUCUGAUGCUCUUAAGUUAUGGAAUGAUAAUUUACAGUAUUUGACAGAGGACGUUUGCUCUGAGCGACAUCUCAAACAGGGUGAAUGUCAAAGAUGUGCCGAGUAUGCACUUAAGGAUGUAAAAGAUACCCUGACUCUUCUUGGUCAUUCACUCUGCAAUUUCAAUUUACCUGAUGUGGGCUAUGAUUUGCCAAGUAUGAAUCAGAUUAUCCAUGAUUCAGAUGUUGAGCAGGAGGCCGCUGAUGAGAUGAUUAGAUCUUUGAAUGAUGACCAACGACAAGCAUUUACAACAAUAAUCAAUGCUGUGAAUGAUGAAGAGAUCUACCCUAAAUGUUUUUUCCUGGACGGUCCCGGAGGAAGUGGGAAGACAUAUUUGUAUCGAACUCUUCUUCAUUACUUUCGAGCAAGGAAUGAAAUUGUCAUUCCCAUAGCAUCAACCGGAAUUGCGGCAAACUUGCUCAGUGGAGGUAGAACCUACCAUUCUCUGUUUAAGUUACCUUUAGAAGUCAAUGAGACAUCCAUUUCAAACCUGAGUUUGGAGUCGAAAGAUGGAAGAGAUGUUAGAUUAGCAAAGUUGCUUAUCUUGGAUGAAUGCACCAUGGCAUCGAGCCAUGUUAUGAAUGCCAUUGACAAAACUCUAAGAGAGGUAACUGGACAUCAAAUUUCAUUUGGUGGGAAGGUAAAAUUACUUGGAGGUGACUUUCGGCAAUGCUUAAACAUUCUCCCGCACGCAAUGCGACCAGCGAUUGUCCAGUCUGGACUUAAGUAUUGUGAUUCUUGGAGCUUCUUUAAGAAACUCACAUUGAGUACGAAUAUGAGAUCACAGGACCCUAAAUAUAGUGAAUGGCUGUUGAAAUUGGGAAACGGCACAUUGGGAAAUUCUCUUGAACUUGAACACACUAUCGAGGUUCCCCCUGAAUUUCUUUGUGAAGGUGAUUUGGUGAAGAAGGUAUUUGGUGAGCAAAUAACUCCUAAUAUGAUACCAACCAUUAAAAAUAGGGCUAUACUUUGCCCUAAAAAUGCUGACGUCGGCAGAAUCAAUGACGAAGUUUUGAAACUUUUACAUGAGCAAGAGGAAAAAACUUAUUACAGCUACGAUGAGAUACAAACUGAUGAUCACCAGGAAAGAUUAAAUUACCCUAUAGAGUACCUGAACAGUGUACGUGCAUCGGGAUUACCCCCUCAUGAACUCCACUUGAAGGUUGGCACCAUCAUAAUGCUGCUGAGGAACCUCAACACAAAAAGAGGAUUAUGUAAUGGAACCCGAUUAGUUGUGAUGAGUUUAAGAGAUCAUGUCAUCGAAGCAGAAGUGCUUACUGGGUCCGGAUCGGGACAGAUAAUCCUGAUACCACGAACUGAUUUAACAAAUAAUGGUUCUGAUUACCCAUUUACCCUGAAACGAAGACAGUUUCCUGUCAAGGCUUCGUUUGCAAUGACCAUCAAUAAGUCACAAGGACAGACUCUUGACAGGGUUGGAAUUUUUUUGUCUGAACCUGUUUUUGGACAUGGACAACUUUACAUUGCUUUUUCCAGAGUAAGGAGAGCAACUGAUGUCAAAAUCAAGAUUCUGAAAACAUCAGAACAAGGCAAAUUGAUUCCAAAUAAUAAUAAUUUUUUUACCAAAAAUGUUGUGUAUAGAGAAGUUUUAUGAUGGGAUAAAUGAUGGAAUACAGAAUACAGCUAAAGAAUAUCUUCAGUCUGUAAUACAGAAAUACUGUUUGCUGUGUAUUGAUCUGUUAACAUUACUUUUUAACAUGAAAAUUUGUAUAUAUUUAUACUUGAUUUUUUAAUUAUAUUAAUUCUAUUGAACAAUUUUGACUAAAGAAUAGCUUCACUUUCUCAUGUACAAAUACUGUUUGCGUAUUGAUUUUUUAAGUUUAGUUUCUAAGAUGAAGUGUUGUAUACAUUUAUAUAUAUUAAGUG